UGCUCUCUCUCUCUUUCCUGCAGGAUAAAGAUGAGACGCUACAAGCUCUUUCUCAUGUUCUGUAUGGCCGGCCUGUGCCUCAUCUCCUUCCUGCACUUCUUUAAGACCCUGUCCUAUGUCACCUUCCCCCGAGAACUGGCCUCCCUCAGUCCUAACCUCGUGUCCAGCUUCUUCUGGAACAAUGCCCCCGUCACCCCCCAGGCUAGCCCGGAGCCUGGGAGCCCCGACCUGUUGCGUACCCCACUCUAUUCCCACUCGCCCCUGCUCCAGCCACUGUCACCAAGCAAGGCCACCGAAGAACUCCACCGGAUGGACUUUGUGUUGCCCGAGGACACCACCGAGUAUUUCGUCCGCACCAAAGCAGGUGGUGUCUGCUUCAAACCAGGUACCAAGAUGCUGGAGAAGCCCCCAUCCGGGCGGCCAGAGGAGAAGGCAGAUGCAGGCGACGGCUCAUCCGCCAGGGGCCCGGCCCGGCACCUGCUGAGCAACCGUGAGCGCUCCGGGGGCCGGGGCGCCCGGCGCAAGUGGGUGGAGUGCGUGUGCCUCCCCGGCUGGCACGGGCCCAGCUGCGGCGUGCCCACCGUGGUGCAGUACUCCAACCUGCCCACCAAGGAACGCCUGGUGCCCAGGGAGGUGCCGCGGCGGGUCAUCAACGCCAUCAACAUCAACCACGAGUUCGACUUGCUGGACGUGCGCUUCCACGAGCUGGGCGACGUGGUGGACGCCUUCGUGGUGUGCGAGUCCAACUUCACGGCCUACGGGGAGCCGCGGCCGCUCAAGUUCCGGGAGAUGCUGACCAACGGCACGUUCGAGUACAUCCGGCACAAGGUGCUUUACGUCUUCCUGGACCACUUUCCCCCCGGCGGGCGGCAGGACGGCUGGAUCGCCGACGACUACCUGCGCACCUUCCUGACGCAGGACGGCGUGGCGCGUCUGCGCAACCUGCGGCCCGACGACGUCUUCAUCAUCGACGACGCCGACGAGAUCCCCGCGCGCGACGGCGUGCUCUUCCUCAAGCUCUACGACGGCUGGACCGAGCCCUUCGCCUUCCACAUGCGCAAGUCGCUCUACGGCUUCUUCUGGAAGCAGCCGGGCACCCUGGAGGUGGUGUCGGGCUGCACGGUGGACAUGCUGCAGUCGGUGUACGGGCUGGACGGCAUCCGCCUGCGCCGCCGCCAGUACUACACCAUGCCCAGCUUCCGGCACUACGAGAACCGCACCGGCCACAUCCUGGUGCAGUGGUCCCUGGGCAGCCCGCUGCACUUCGCCGGCUGGCACUGCUCCUGGUGCUUCACGCCCGAGGGCAUCUACUUCAAGCUCGUGUCCGCCCAGAAUGGCGACUUCCCCCGCUGGGGUGACUACGAGGACAAGCGGGACCUCAACUACAUCCGGAGCUUGAUCCGCACCGGGGGCUGGUUCGACGGCACGCAGCAGGAGUACCCGCCGGCCGACCCCAGCGAACACAUGUAUGCCCCUAAGUACCUGCUCCAGAACUACGACCAGUUCCGCUACCUGCUGGACAACCCUUACCAGGAGCCCAAGAGCACGGCGGAAGGUGGGCGGCGGAACAAAGGUCUUGAGGGGAGGCCGCCCGCCAGGGCCAAGUUGGAAGUGGUGGAAGGCUGAGGCGGCGUGAUCUUACAGGGCCAGUGGCAGAGCGCAGGGCGGCUGCCCCCUUCUCUUACCUUCCUGCCUCCUUCCGCCCCCUGGGGGUUCUUAAGAGGACCAGGAGUAGGUGGGUGGGGGAGUCCUGCCCACUCAAACUUUUGUGAAUCGUGGGGUCAGGCCUGUGAGCUUAAGAAAGAUCCUUCCUGGUCAGGAGAGGGGAGCCUGGCCCCUCCACCCACCAUGAGUGCUGUGGCCAGGAGGUGCCAGCGAGAGUGCAUGAUGGUUACUGGGUAGCAGGGGGGGCGGGCAGGGUGGGGAAGGGAGCUGCAGGAACUCUCAGAGUGGCCAUGGGGGAGCUGUGGCCCCCUGGGGAGAAGCCUACUGAUUGGCCUCCUGGGGUUUGGACCUGCAGCGGGAAGGGGGCAUGCCAAGGUCCAGGGGCUCUGUAAAUAGAUACUUUUGGGUCCAGGAGGAAGAGGGGACACUAAGAUAGGAGGCAAUGAAAAACAGCAUCCAGCUGGGAGGAAGCACAGUGUCCUCAGAAGUGCUGGGCCAGAGGAAGCUGAGAGCUCCACUCACCUGCCCCACAGGAUCCCUGUGCUCCUCAGACCCGCCUGAGCUGACAUAGGUGGGGGGCCCAAUGAAGCCUGGGGAGUCUUCCUUUUAGUUCUGAACCUGGCCUUGAUUUUCCUUCUUUUUAUCUUGCUAUCUUGUGGGCUGCCCACUCAGUCCCUGCAAGGCCAGGAGCCCAGUUCUCAGGGUGGGAUGGAACCAUCGGUCAUCCUAGUAGUCAGACCUGGGGGCACCCCGUCACCCCUUCCCUCUGGGAUCCACAACCCCAGCUCUCCAUGGUCUCAGGUGGAGUUACCCUUGUGCCCUUCCUUGGUGCUGGCUAGGGGCCAGGAAGGGGACACAAGGCUGCCCUGAGCCCAAGAGGGACUUUAGGGCCAGUUGUAUGUCAUCUCAUUCCUUUUAGUUUGCCUCAUGGGGGCAGGAGAUGUAUUCAUUAGAGUAGAUGUAUUUUAAGCUGCUGUAAUUGAGAUCCCGAAAUACAGUGGUUUGAGCAAGA